GACUCAAUUACGUUGAUGAAAUCUGUGCGCCUGUAUGAGGUCAGCUGGGUCACUAUCCCGGUCCUGAUUGGUGCUGCUGCUCGGAGGAGGGGGCGGGUAUUCCAGCAGAAGAGAGCAGUUUUGCGCAGAAAGCAAGGGCUACGGGAAGAGGCCGGGUCAGCGGUGACGGAGGCAGAAGAGUUGCUGGUCCCCCUUAACCAGCCUGGUUCCGCUUGCCCGCUCGCCGGCUCUGCAACCCAGAUGGCCGCCUCUCCCGUGUCCUGGUCCGAUAAAGCUCUCCGGCUCCUCCGGGGGCUGAACAGCUUCUACCUGCCAGGAUCCAGCCGUGCUCAGUGCUGCCCGUUCGUGGUGUCGGGGCAGCAGGUGGGCUGGGUGCCCCCUGUGGUGGUGCAGGAGCUGGCCCGGUUCUCGGAGGUGUUCCAGACACAGGGGGGCAGCGUGGAGCUCAGCCCCAGCCUGGGCUCUUACGCCGAGCGGUCAGCAGCAGUGGACACAGUCUUGCGCUGCCUGCGGGAGGAGAACAGGUUUCGCUGCCUGAGGGGCUGGAGGGAGGAGAAGUACGAGGUGAUGGCGCGAUGCUGUGACCAGCCCCUCCUGGCGAUGGAGCGCUCGGCUACCAGCCUUUUCGGUGUGAAGCGCUAUGGCGUCCAUGUUAACGGGUUCACGCGCCAGGCGGACGGGCAGCUGACCAUGUGGGUGGCGCGCAGGUCCCUCAGCAAGCCCACCUACCCUGGACUCCUGGACAACAUGGUGGCCGGAGGGGUGGCCUGUCGGACCACCAUCGCAGAGACUCUGGUGAAGGAGUGCAUGGAGGAGGCGUGCAUCCCAGAGUGCAUCGCAAAGCUGGCACGGCCCGUGAGCACUGUCAGCUACACGUAUGAGGACGAUGAGGGGGUCUUCCCAGAGAGCCAGUUUGUGUUUGACCUAGAGGUGCCCCACGAUUUCGCCCCAGAGAUUGGAGAUGGGGAGGUGCAGGCAUUCUACCUGUGGCCCAUGGACAAGGUGAAGGAGGUGCUGGUCAGUGCAGAGUUCAAGCCCAACAGCGCCAUGGUUGUACUGGACUUCCUGCUACGCCACUCCUACUUGCACCCCGACACUGAGCCUUACUAUCAGGAGCUUGUGGUGGGGCUGCACCGGCCACUGGGACCCUGACUGGCAGAAGGCUGCGCCCAGGAACCCCCCCCCCGCGAGCUGGAACCAGCUGCCUGCUGUCCGUUCCCUCUGCAGAUGAGGAAACUUGAGAGCCAGGGUCUCUCAGCUACGGGCAGGGAAAGUGGAGUGUUACUGUCGGAGCUCGUUUGUUUUGAGCCGUAUAGCUCUGUAGCUUCACUCCAGUGCUGAUCCUUUAAUUUGAUAAAAUACCCUUGUUUCCACA